AUCACCACAUAAACAUGGAAAGGCUAAUUUUGCAGUCUGACUGGGACGAAGUUUUAAAAGAAAAUGAAGAAAAGGUCUGGAUAUCAUACAAGCCCGGAGCUCAGCCAUCGGUCCAUGGAAGUCUGUACAAUCAGGGUUUGUCCAGCGACGGCGUUCCGUACGUGACAGGAAGUGACGGAUUCUCUGUACAGGAAGUUACUAAGAGAUCAAUCUCUGUAUCCUACACAGAUGAUUCCAUUAAUCUGACCAGGAAAUUCGUGGCACCAAACGUUUCAUUUAAAGCCAUCCAUAAUGAAAGAAAAAGUGUGGUCAGUCUUGACGUUACAGAGGGAGGACUUGGUGUAUCAGCUGACUCAGAAGGAAAGUUACGACUAUGGCAGACUGACACAGGAGAAGUCAGGAGGGACUUUGUUGGUCACUACGGUGAUGUUUACACCUGUGGAUUUUUCCCCUCGGGCCUCGUGGUCCUCAGUGGAGGAGCAGACAUGCAGCUAAAAAUCUGGUCAGCAGAGACUGGAAAGUGUGCUGCCACCUUAACAGGACACAGGGCAGCAAUAAAUGACACGGUGAUGGUGGACCGGGGGAGGAAUGUGGUGUCGUGUGGUAAGGACGGGUCAGCCAAGCUGUGGGACGUGGGUCAACAGUCGUGUCUCGGGUCAUACGACGAGAACGGAGGCGAGGUCAACUGCUGCUGUCUCCAGGACGUAGAGAACUCACUCAGUCUGGAGGCUGGGAACCAGCCAACAACUGAUAGAGAGGUUGGCACACAAGGGAAGCUACUCCUACUGGGUUGUGAGAAUUCUACAGUACAAGGUUACGGACUCCAGACUCGGAAAAAGGUAUUUGAGUUUCCUGCCCACGGCCCUGUCAACUGUUGUCAGUUUCUGUCAGACAUUACAGCCAUCAUAGGAACACAGGACGGACACAUAACAGUCUUAGAUCUACGCAAUAUCAGAGUUCCUGUGAAGGAAUGGAAGGACAGCCGUUCUGCUGUGUUGUGUUUCUGUCCAUACAAUGGAGGGUUCUUUACUGGCACAGGUAAGCCACUGUAA